AUGGAGCUGAACGGCAGCUGCGGCGGGGGCAGCGACCGCCGGCAGAUCGAGGAGAGCAAGCCGCUGCUGGCCGAGAUGUCGGCCACGGAAGGGGCCAAGACCGCGGCCGCCCCGUGCCGGCGGGGCGUCCACUGCAGCGGCAUGCGCUACAAGCUGCUGCAAGAGGGGGACAUCCAGGUGUGCGUCGUCCGCCACCCCCGCACCUUCCUCAGCAAGAUCCUCACCUCCAAGUUCCUCCGCAGGUGGGAGCCCCACCAUCUCACCCUGGCCGACAACAGCCUGGCCUCCGCCACGCCAACUGGGUACAUGGAAAACUCGAUUUCUUACAGCUCGAUCGAAGAUGUGCAGUUGCUCUCUUGGGAGAAUGCCCCUAAGUAUUGUUUACAGCUCACGAUCCCUGGGGGUACCGUCUUGCUCCAGGCUGCAAACAGUUACCUGAGGGACCAGUGGUUUCAUUCCUUACAGUGGAAGAAAAAGAUCUACAAGUAUAAGAAGGUGCUGAGUAACCCAAGCCGUUUGGAGGUUGUACUGAAAGAGAUUCGAACUUUGGUGGACAUGGCGCUAACGUCUCCUUUGCAGGACGAAUCCAUCCAUCAAGCUCCUCUAGAGAUUGUCUCCAGGCUGCUCUCAGAAAAUACCAAUUUAACCACUCAAGAACAUGAAAACAUUAUUGUGGCAAUUGCUCCUUUGCUGGAAAAUAACCAUCCACCUCCAGACUUAUGUGAAUUUUUUUGCAAGCAUUGCAGAGAACGCCCUCGGUCCAUGGUGGUCAUAGAAGUCUUCACUCCGGUUGUACAAAGAAUCCUCAAACACAACAUGGAUUUUGGAAAGUGCCCUCGGUUGAGGCUCUUCACUCAGGAGUAUAUUCUGGCCUUGAAUGAACUCAACGCCGGCAUGGAAGUGGUGAAGAAAUUUAUUCACAGCAUGCAUGGUCCUACCGGGCAGUGCCCCCAUCCCAGGGUCCUGCCAAACCUCGUUGCUGUCUGCUUAGCAGCCAUUUAUUCUUGCUAUGAAGAAUUCAUCAACAGCAGGGACAACUCGCCGAGCCUCAAGGAAAUUCGGAACGGCUGCCAGCAGCCCUGCGACCGCAAGCCCAAUUUGCCCCUCCGUCUCCUCCACACGAGCCCUGACUUGGUGUCCCAAGAGGCCACCUUGACCGAGUCUCGUCUCAAGUCCGUCAUUGUCACGUCCAACGAGAUCCACGUGGAAGUCGAGCGCAACAACACUGCCAACCAGAAGAUGACGGCAAACGUCGGCAAUGACAGCGAGCCCAACCUGAUCGACUGCUUGAUGGUCAGCCCCACCUGCAGCACCAUGAGCAUCGAGCUCAGCCCACAGGCGGAUCAUGUCCUCGGUUGCUACGUGGAGAUACUCAAGAUGCUAUCAAACUACGAUGACUGGAGACCCGCUCUUGCCAGUUUGCUUCAACCCAUCCCAUUCCCCAAAGAGGCUCUUGCACACGAGAAGUUCACAAAGGAGCUGAAAUACGUCAUUCAGAGAUUCGCAGAAGAUCCAAGACAAGAAGUCCAUUCGUGUUUGCUGAGUGUUCGAGCUGGCAAGGACGGCUGGUUUCAGCUCUACAGCCCUGGCGGUGUGGCUUGCGACGACGACGGGGAGCUGUUUGCCAGCAUGGUCCAUAUUUUAAUGGGCUCUUGUUAUAAGACGAAAAAGUUCCUGCUCUCUUUAGCGGAAAACAAACUAGGACCUUGCAUGCUGCUGGCUUUAAGAGGCAACCAGACUAUGGUGGAGAUUCUUUGCCUGAUGCUUGAAUACAACAUUAUUGACAACAAGGACACACAGCUUCAGAUCAUAUCAACUCUGGAGAGCACCGACGUGGGGAAAAAAAUGUAUGAGCAGCUCUGUGACAGGCAGAGGGAGUUAAAAGAACUGCAAAGGAAAGGAGGACCUACCAGGUUAACACUGCCAUCCAAAUCCACAGACGCCGACCUCGCCCGGUUGUUAAGCUCAGGCUCCUUUGGAAACCUGGAGAACCUCAGCCUGGCCUUCACCAAUGUCACGAGUGCCUGCGCCGAGCAUCUCAUCAAGCUGCCUUCCCUCAAGCAGCUGAACCUGUGGUCGACUCAGUUUGGAGAUGCAGGUUUGCGGCUUCUCUCCGAACACCUCACUAUGCUGCAGGUGCUCAAUUUGUGUGAAACCCCCGUAACUGAUGCCGGAUUGUUGGCACUGAGCUCUAUGAAGAGCUUGUGCAGUUUAAAUAUGAACAGCACCAAACUUUCAGCGGACACCUACGAGGAUCUCAAGGCUAAAUUGCCCAAUCUGAAGGAAGUGGAUGUGCGUUAUACAGAAGCGUGGUGAAGUCUCCCUCUGGCUGUACCUUCGGUUUACAACAAGGACAGGG